UAGCAACAGGGAAAGUCCUUUGCUCACAGCUCGCCCUCAGAGAUUCUGGCUGCUUGGAUCAUCUGCGACCACCAUGAUCUCCUACUUUCUCUUUCUUGCCAUCUUCCUCUGUGUUGUCGUGUCACAACCAGCCAACAUCACAGAUGAGUUCAACAAGGUUUCGAAGAACCAAACAUUCAGUGUUUUCACAUAUGGAAAUGGUGCAAUAAACCCAAAAAAUGGGACAACAACUUUGUACAAAGAUGAGUUGAAAGACCUUGAUGAACUGGAAAAGAACAACACAUUUUCAGUUAUCUCAGAGGACAAUGAAAAUUUCCAGGACCAGGAGAAUGAAUUCCCAAACAAAGACUGCCACCGGGAUGAUCUGAUAAAGUUCAGUCACGUGUUAUGUGGUGACCCUUUUCAUGCAGAAAUGCAUAAUAUCAGCACAGAUGACUGGUGUGUCCUGAAAAGCAUUAUCAGACCCUACAAUGAUCUCACACGCUGUCUUGAGAUUGUGACCAAUUAUGUCGGCUGCUAUUUUCCAAACUCCGACAAUCAAGACUUCUUCCUCUACAUCCACUCCAGCUACUUCCAGAACUGCACAGAGAAAGCGGAAGAUAUGCUUGAAGAUGCUCCUACCAGCCUGGUUGUGGCACUCACUAUCAUCCCAGUGAGCCUCAUCCCUGUCCUGGUUUGUCUGGUGCUUUGGAAAAGUUAGUAUCUUACUGGCCCACGUUCCAAAGGAUUAGCCUCAGUUUGGAAUAUUUUACCCAUCAAAGUUUUAAAAGACUCUUUGAUUUACUUCUAUCUAUGAAUUAUUAUU